AUGACCUACCCCACGACCCCAGUCUUCAUCACCCAAACCACCGGCUGGGACAAAGCGCGCGCCCACCCGGCCAUGGCCUGGAUGGAGAAAUGCACCGACGCGUGGGACUCGCGCCAGAGCUGGUCCACCCCCUACACGGACUGGGUGACCGACGACUUCACCUUCGUCAAGCCCAACGGCGAGCGCUGUACGGGCGGCGAGCCCGCCUGGGACGCCAUGAAGCUCGACUACGCGGCCUUCAAGCUGUCGCACCACGAGCCCAGCUGGGUGUGCGUCGUGGACCUUGAGGACGGGUGGGAGUUUAUCGGAGAGGGCAAGCUGUACAUCGAUUUGCCCGAGGAAGGCAAGGAAGAGAAGACGGUCUACGAUCUGGACGGCCGACCGUGGGAUCUGGGUGUGGAGAGCAUGUUUCGGUUUCGGUUUGUUAAGACGGAGAGCGCGGUCAAUGACGGGAUCCGGAUUCGGCGGUUCCAGUUCUAUAGUGAUAGUGGGCCUGUGUUGGCGGAGAUGUUGAAGAGGGAGAUUGUGAGACCGCAGGAUCUUUUGGGGUGAGGAGUGCGACCGCUUUGGGCUUGUUAAAGGUUUGGGUACGGUGUUUGGAGUUAGGGUGUUGGAGUCUUGUUUGGAGAAGGCUGGAUGAAGGACUCACUUCUUGUCUUU